CUUGUCUGGGUCACAGAACAGAAAAUCAAGAUGGGAAUAAAAGAAAUAUUAAACCUGGCACGGGUGCCCUCCAUCCUAAUGCUUGGUGUUUUGUACGUGGCAUAUGUGCUGAUUGGUGGCGUGAUUUUUUGGGAGUUGGAAGGAGAUCUCGGAAAGAAGGACAUCAGUUUGUUACUGAUGAACAAAAAAAAACUGCUUACAACGUACACCUGUCUGAACCAAGAAGACCUGGAGGUUGUGGCUCAGGUAGUUCAAGAUGCAUCAAAGGUGGGCCUAAGUUUGAAAAGCAACUACACCACAGACGGCUUCUGGAAAUUCACCAGCUCUGCUGUGUUUGCAGCAACUGUUGUCACAACUAUAGGUUAUGGAAACAUGAGUCCCCGUAGUACAGGAGGACAGAUCUUCUGUGUGUUCUUCGCAUUAUUUGGUAUACCACUCAACUUGGUGGUCCUCAAUAGAGUGGGAAAGUACAUGCUGGUGAUAGAGAGGAACAUCUCUGACUUCCUUGAGGGGAAGACUGGUCGAAGGAAGUGUACACGUUUUUUUGUCCAUCUGGUGUCUUACCUCUGUGGAGCAAUUCUCUUCUUUGUGGUGCCCAUGAUUGUAUUCCAACAACAUGAGGGCUGGACCUACUCCCAGGCCAUCUACUACUGCUUCAUCACCCUCAGCACCAUUGGCUUUGGAGAUUUUGUUGCAGACAACAAUCCAGACAGGGCAUACCCAGACUGGUACAGCGUCCUUAUGGCUUCAUGGAUCUUCUUUGGCCUGGCCUGGCUGGCCCUGCUCAUCAACCACACUAUCGACAUCCUGGAGCGACUCAACAACUACUUCAAACAGAAGUGGUGUGGGGAGAAGCAGGAAGAGGAGACAGGCAGUGCAGAGGGAAACAACCCUGACACACAGGUGGAGGAGGAAGAGGAGACCAAAAAAACUCCAGUAACUCAGUAAUCUACAAAACAAGGUGAAUAUUAUAGUGGACACAGUUAUAGAAUUAUCUAUCUCUAGAUCAGGAUCGGAAUUUUGAUAUGAUGAUUUAUUUAGUAAUGGUUUGUCCUCUUUGCUACGCUUUCUUUUUAACUAGCACUAAAAUAUCGACUCAUUUCUGUUGAGUCAGGUUUGUUUGUUUAACAGCAUGCAACAUCCACAUGCUGUUAGUCCAUUCCCCAAACUGUAAACAAGGGACUCUUGUCAAUCUACCUGCUUGAAAAAGCCCCUGAGAUUAAAGUCUAGGGAAGGAUAUAGGCUCAGCACUUACUUGCUCAAUUAUGUGUCUGAAGGUUAAUGGGCAGAGGAAAACUACAGCCUGCUGCUUGCUCUUUGACCUCUCAGCAUGUUGCUUACCCUGUUAACCAACACAUUUGCCAACGUAUUUUGCAACUGAUUAUCCCAGACACACUGGGGGUUAUUUACCAGGUAGACUUUUACAUUUAAACUAGCUGAGUCAAAGCCCAUCAAUUAAAGGCUUAUGAUGUAAUUUCCUUUGCAUAAUAUAUUUACUGAAAAGAACAACAGAAGUCUAUAGUUUAACACAAUCUUUUAAAAACCUUCAUUCUAAGGCAUUCAAUCAGAGAUAUAUAUUAUCCACAUAUUUGAAGGGCCAGUGAUAUCUCUAAAUUUAUAUUCAAGUUGAAAGGAAAACAUUUAAUGACAGUAGAGGAAUCAAGAGCCAUGUGUUUAUACUGAGCACAGUUUUUUUUUACUCAACAUUCUACGAUUGUCUGAAGUGUUGUUGAGACAAUCAUAACAAUUGCAAAACAUAUAACAGCAUGGUGAAAUUAUUACUGAAGGCUUCAAGUGAACUGAAACAAAGAAAUAAGCAAUUACUGUAUAUGAUAAAAAUUUAACUGACUGCUGUUCAUUUUAAGUAACAGAUGAAUCUUGAAUGUAUCAAGUUGAUAUAAAUUAUGUGCAUUUAGAAUGUUUUUAAAACUUUUUAUUUACAGUCUUUUUAGAGUUUUUAGUAAAGCCACCCGCCUGCAUUGACAUUAUCAAAAUAUCCACUAGGGGUGGUAUUGCACCAUCAGUGAAGAAAUCAUUCAAACCAGAAGUAAAGCAGCAACUGCACACUGUAUAUUUUUGGUGUGAUAUUCACAAACUACCUGUACUGAUGAGUACAUUCACAUCAAUAAAAAAAUAACUUAACACAUCCAAACACAUUACUGAGCAAUAAAGCAAAUUCUGUGAUGCUGUUUCUUAUAUUUUACAUCAUUGAUUAAAUGUGUAUAAUUCUAAUUUCAUAAUUUCA